AUGCAGUCAGGAAUUACAGGUACAACCACCCACCCUCCGUUGACCUCUCUCUUACACCACUCAGCACACUACCGCGAGGGCGUGACUGAAGAUCACUGUAUCCCCGCCUCCCAUCACAAACUAACCGUAAUUCCCAUUCCAGUCUCCUCGGAGCUACACGAUGCCUUCAAUCGCUUCACUUCCGACUCCUCCAUCUUCUGUCUCCCCGUCACCAUUACCGCCGAAAGUCUCACCCCGCUGACUCCAAUUGCCUUCUCCGGAUCGUCCUCCAGCCCCGAUGCUUUCUACACCUCCCUGUCGCAGAUCUCCUCGAUCCUGCAGCCCAAAACUCCCAUCUACCUGCUCCUCCGCCGUCCGCUCCCUUCCAAGACCACCCUGGUCGCAUUGACCUAUAUCCCCUCCAAUGCACCCGUCCGGCCCAAGAUGUUGUUUGCUUCGACUCGCUCCACCCUGGUCCGUGAGCUGGGGACGGAGAAGUUCGACGAUACCGUCUUCGCGACGGAAGAGGAGGAGAUUGUUGGUCGCGAGGCGUGGUCGGAGCGCGAUGGCGACAAGGCGGGCGUGGGUCGUGAAGCGCUGAUGGGAGAGAAGGAGCGUGAGCUCGAGGCUGUUCGUCGGGCUGAGGCGGAGGCUCGAAGCGGGACCCCGCAUCGAGAUAUCGGCAUCGGUGGGACCUUUCGACCGGGGACGGGCUCGGGCAUGAGAGUUUCAAUGCCGGUUGAUGAAGCGGCCAAGUCGGCGUUGAAGGAGCUUGCCGACGGAGGGCUUGUCCAGCUGACGGUGGACGGGUCCACAGAAACCAUCACGCUGGCCGACAAGAAGACUGAAGUGCAAUCAGACUCCGUGGCCAGUCACAUCUCUUCCUCGUCGCCUCGCUAUUCCUUCUACCAUUACCCGGGCUCCGACGUUGUGAUCUUCAUUUAUACCUGUCCCACAGGCUCGUCUAUUCGCGAGCGUAUGCUGCACGCCAGCUCGCGGAGGAAUGCCAUCACCAUUGCUGAAGAAGAGGGGCACAAGAUCACGAAGAAGAUUGAAGCUUCGGGGCCGGAUGAGAUCACUGGUGAUCGCCUGAAGGAAGAGGUGCAACCAGCACAGGAUUCGGGACCGGCACGAGGCUUUGCCCGCCCGAGACGUCCAGGCCGGCGCCCUUCGGCUUUGUAUAGUAAGCCAUCGCUUGUCGUCUCGUAUUCAAACUACCCAUGGCAGCUCCAAGCGACAACCGUCUCGAUCCUUCUCCAGGCGCGUGCAUUCAAAGCAAUAGAAAGCAUCGCUGAUGCCCUCUCCACCGCAGACAACGCACUUGUUCUGAUAGUUGCCAAAGGAGCAUUCAUCGCAAAUUCGCACGAGAGUGGUGGGUCGCACGUAGGAAUCGCACACUGGGCAUUUGCCGUCGCAUUUGUCGCAGACACGGCCGAUGGAGAUGCCGGGCUGCUUGCGGCACAUGACGAGAUCGGGGUGAUGGCGAGACAUGAUGAAGGCUGA